AUGACGUCGCAACCCGAGAUGCUUCCUCUAGUGGACUACAUUUCUGCAGUUGUGACUGCUUAUCUGGAUGCUUCAAAUUUGGUCGGGUACAUUAAGCGACACAGCAACCGACCGUUGUCUGAAGAUGCUCUGGCAAGCUUGGAAAACUCCCUCGCCCUCGGACCCCCCAUAGUACAAGGCCAAUAUGGUUUAGAGGUCAAGGUUAUGGGCCAAACAUAUGAGGACGGGGAUGAGACUACUCGAGAAAAUAUGAAGCUUAUCCUGGGAAACCUGCAAGAUACCUUACUUGUCGGGCUCAAGCGGGCUUUGAUGGGCAAUCUCGAUUUGGACUUUGUCACCUUGCAAGCAUCCUCCGACAACGGUCGGAUUAGCUCGAUAAUCUGCUUGAGUCAGUUGGGUAAACGCCUCGGACCCAGCAUUUCGAAUCCAAAUUUGUCGAUCAUUUCCACCCCUGAACAUGGUACUGUGGAAACCCCAUCCCACGAUGACUUGUCAAACCCGGAGCCUUCACAAAGCUCAGUAGCGCAAAACAUAUUCUCUGGGGAUACAAGAAGCCAUACUGCAUCUUCCCGCUCGCCAACCACAGAGUCGGAAAAUAUAUCAACCCCUUCUGAUAUCACCAGUCCAAUGACUCCCGAAGGAAGUGUCAGCUCUUUUGCCCAUCGGCGAUCCCUUCACUUUAGGUCGAAACCGCCUGUUGAGCUACCAGCCAAUGAAAUCGACACGAUUGAUUGGGACCCCGAGCGGUGCAUUGCAAAUAGAAACAAUGUGACUCAAUACCCCAUAUUGACCAUAAGGGAAGCUAGUGGUGAACUGCAGGAUCUAUAUAGUGUUGAUGCAAUGGCACCAGAAUCCCUAGGCCCAAGGAGUUUCCCCUUUGAAGACCAAAGGGGGUUCCAUCAUCUAAAGAACGAAUCUCGGCAUAAUAAUUGGCGCAAAGAAGUUAACAAUACGCUUGAAUAUACCCCGCAAACUCAACCUGGCAGAUUACUCUGA